AUGAGUAUUGUUAAAUCACGUACUAAAAAUCGUUCGAGAACAAAAGAAUUUAUUUCUUUACUCGAGAAAAGUACUUUAGGUGUAAUACAACCUAAAACAAAAAGGGAUUUGUAUCAUGCUGCAAUUAAUAAUAUUGGAGGAGCUUUCGUUUAUUCACGAGAUUUGAAAGGUCAUUUCUCGUGCGUUAAUGCAAUAAAUUUUAGUAAUGGCGAGGCACAUAUGUUAGCGUCUGGUGGUGACGAUAAACGUGUGCUGAUUUGGAAUGUAUGUGGUGACAUUGAGAAAACUAAACCAAAGAAAUGUUUCAAGGGUCAUACGAGUAAUAUAUUUUGUACAAUUUUUGAUUCAACAAAUCGCCAUGUUUUAUCUUGUGGAAAUGAUAAAUUAAUCAUUUAUCAUGAUUUGGAACAUGAAAGCGAGUUUCACGUGCCAGAUACAUUUACUGGACAUAAAGAUGCCGUACAAUCAGUUGCAUUUGAUCCAUUUAAUGAUCAUUUAUUCUUGUCGGCAAGUCAAGAUGGUACGGUAAAACUAUGGGAUAUACGUUGUAGAGUUGACCAAUGUCAAGGAGAGAUCCGAAGUUUAGCGAACAUGACACACGCUCAAUACAAUCCUACAGUUGAAAAUCAAUUCAUUACUAGCGAUGGCAUUGGCGAUGUAGUAUUGAGAGAUACUAGAAUGGCUUUUAAUUCCAGAGAUUCUCUUUUAACAACAUAUUCAGAAGAUUAUUUAAUGAAGUAUUAUACGACAUUAUCGCGUAGUUCUAAAAACGCUAAACCUGAUAUAUCUUCAGUGACAUUUAAUCCUUCUGGAAAUAUGUUGUGUGCCACUAUAAACCGUUAUUAUCCAACACUAUAUAAUGUUUGUGAUGAAAAACCUUUAUGUAUUUUUUCAUCAUAUUACGAUUCAGAUACACAAACUGGAUACAAAAAUUGUUGCACUUAUAAACAAGGACAUUUUGGUGGUCCAAAUGGAGAAUAUUUCCUUUGUGGAAGUGAUGAUUUCAGAGUUUAUAUUUGGAAAGUCCCAGAAGUAGAAACCAUGCUGAAGAAUCCAUCAAUAAAAAAUAUAGAUGAAAUAAAUUUUAUUAAUGAUGAUGUAAUAAUGAGUCCAUUUAAUAAUUCGACCCCACAAUAUGUGCUCGAAGGCCAUCGUUCAAUUGUCAACUCUGUAAUUUGGCAUCCCCAUUUUCCUUUGAUAUUUUCAUCAGGUGUUGAAAAAAUAAUCAAGGUUCAUUCGGCUUUUCCGUUUUCAAAUAAGGAUUAUGAACCUAAAGUUCCACAACCACCUAGACCAAAGUUAAGGCGUGCAGCAAAUCAUCGUUCAGCAUAUUCUUCAUCAUCUUAUGUUGAACCUGAAGAAAAUAUGGAAGAAGAUCCGUUAACUUUGAGAUUCUUUGAUUUAAUGCUUGUUACUGAAGAACAUUACGAUCCUUAUUGGGGAAACGAUUCUUCUGAUUCUGAUGAUCUUUCAUUGUUUACUACGCAAUUUUUUAGGCGAAAUGCUGAUGAGGAUAGGAGUGAAAAUGGGGUUAAUGGAAGAGAAAAUAGUGAAAACGAUGUUAGCAGCGAUGAUUCGUCUACGUGUUAUGAUUCGAGUUCAGACAGUGAGGAAACAUCUAGCAGAGAUACAUCAGGAAGUGAUAACGAGCUUAUGUCAUUAGAAAGUGAUACAGAUUUUGAGGAUCAUGAAAAUCAGUUAUCAAUUUUAGAUCAUCAUGAAUAG